UCCGCUGCCAGUAUAUAUACCUCCAUCUGGAUACAUACUGCCACCAGUAUACAUACUGCCACCAGGAUACAUACCGCCACCAGGAUACAUACCGCCACUAGGAUACAUACUGCCGCCUGGAUAAAUACUCAUACCAGGAUACAUACUCAUACCAGGGUACAUACCCGUACCAAAACUUAUUCUGCGAUGAGGGCA